AGCACCCAAAAGGCCACCGAGAGCUUAGCCGACGAAGAGAAAUUUCUGCCACGGCCGCCGGCGGCGGCCACGACGUAGGGAGCGAGCCCCUUGGGCGGCCGCUGGGGCUUCUGUGAGAGGCGUUAAGGAGGAUCCAGCAGGGGCACCGCGUGCCCGGUCUUUGGGCUCUAGCUCGAGGCAGCUUGAAAGACAAGUAGAGUUGUAUCCUGCAAUGACAACUCACAGCAGAGAUAGCAACAUGCAGCAGCUAGUCCCAAUAGCACCACCAGGAAAGGCUUCUGGUAGUGACACUGGCAAGGAGCUGGUUCUGGUUGAUCCUGCAGGAAAGGGCUCAGGAGGAGUAAAACUGCGGGAGGAUGAGGAGGACCUGGAGGUGAAGCUCAGGCGCAUCAUGGAGAAUGUCCCUGUUCGUGUCAGUAACACAUCAGGGUCCUCUGCUGGUUCCGGCUCCGGUGAUUUCCACCAGUAUCGGCAAAUGAGGAGGAGAGAACAGGACCGGCUAGCACGAAUGGAUGCUGACUACCAAAAGAGGAAAGAGAUGGCUUUGUUCGAAAUGCGAAAGGAGGAGAGGCUGAAAGCAGCUGAGGAGCGGACAGCCAAGAAGCGCUUGAAACGCCAAAAGAAGCAGCGGAAGAAAGAGAAGCGAACUAAAACUAGUAAUGGAGGUGAAGAAUCUAACAGAAUGGAGUCAUCUGAUGAUGAUGAAGGUUCGGAUGAUGAUGAGAAGUUGAAGCAAUGACAUGUCAAUUGCAUUUGAAGAUGCUUUUAGACUGCCAUCAUGCAUUUGACUGUGGUCUACUUGCUUCUUGAAGAAGGAAGCCUGUGCGUUCCUCCCUGCUUAAUUGUGGCCUUGUGGGCACUUUAACUCACGUCUGGUAUGCCCAUCGUAAUAGGAGUCGGGAGGAAGCAGAUAUGGAGAGCACUAGAAAGUUUUCUGUUAGUGUUCUUCAGAGAUUCGCCUUGCAUGUUGCAUCAGCACCUCUUGAUCAGCUAUUACCAUUUUGAGCAGAGAUGGAAAACACUACAUAGUUUCCUGUUAGUGUUCCCCGUUCAGAGAAUUGACUUGCACCAGACUUUUUCAUCAUCUCUAUAGAUGCGUCUGGCAUGCAUUUGUAUCGCUGUGUUUUUUGCUUCAUAUACUUCAUGUAUUUCUUAAAAUCUUGUAAAAUUAUGUCUUUUUUAGAAUGUAGUUUGAUCUGCUAAAA